AUGGCUGUAGCAUGGAUUCGUCGGCUCUUUAUCCGAGCAAUAGACCUGCUUUUUGGCACCUUUCUCUACGUACCGUUGGGCGUUCUGUUCUUUAAGCGAAGCCUUAGUGGAUUCGGGAACGGUGAAUGGGACUCAUCCCUAAUACCGGACCUCCAUGGCAAGGUUGCUGUAGUGACUGGAGGCAAUGCCGGGAUUGGCUACCAUACAGUCAGACAAUUAGCAGCAAAGGGCGCCAAGGUAUACCUGGCGGCCCGAUCAGAACAUCGCGCAAAUGAGGCCAUCAAGCGUCUCCUCAACGAGAAUCCAUCCAUCCCUGAGGAUAACGUGGUCUGGUUACCAUUAGAUCUGUCCAACCAAACCCAAGUAGCUGGCGCAGCACGUGAGAUUCUAGCAAAGACGGACCGUCACAUUGGUCACUGGACUCUCACAUACGGCUUGCUGCCUCUUCUCAAAGCAACGGCAGCGCAGAAAGGAUCCGACGUGCGAGUUGUUACUUUGUCGUCGUCCGGGGAGCGUAACAACUCGCGGCAGAAUUAUUUCAACAGUCUGAAAGAUCUGGACGAUCCCUGCGCCAGUCCUGGGUGGGAGGAUUCGUGCCUCGCCCAGAGCAAAAGAUACGGGACAUCAAAGCUUGCUAAUAUCCUUUUCGCAAAGGAAUUGCAGCGCCGCAUGGAUGAGGACGGGGUCGGCAUCACCUCGCUGUCUGUCAACCCAGGGACCAUACGAACGGAAGGAGCAGCUGACGUGGUGCCUUUUGUUGUACGGCCGCUGGUCUGGCUCCUGUUCACCGAACCGGCGAAGGGAGCUGACGCCACUCUGUUUGCCGCAACCGCCGAGGAGGUAAAGAGAGACAGUGAGCGGUGGAAAGGGAAAUACCUGGACGGGCCGGGAACUAUCAAAACGCCGUCGCCAAAGGCGUGGGAUGACGUCAUUGCGCGCAACCUGUGGAACAUAACGGCAACCGCUGUCCAGAACACUGGCGCUCUAGAUGUAAUCUAG